CUGACUAGAAGAUAAACUUUUAUUCCUUGCUGAUUUUAUGGGAGGAAAUUCUGACCUCAGAACGUGGAGAUGAGGUUGCUAUGGAAACUGGUUACUCUGCUGCCACUCAUAAACUCGUGUGCAGGUGAGAACCGCUUAAGCCGUCCUGUUUUUACCCAGGAGCCACAAGAUGUCAUUUUUCCUUUGGAUUUAUCAAGAUCUGAAAUCAUCCUGAAUUGCGCAGCUCACGGUUACCCUUCACCCCAUUAUAGGUGGAAGCAGAAUGCGACAGACAUUGAUGUGAACCUGAGUUAUCACUACAAGUUGGAGGGGGGCAGCUUGGCCAUCCGGAGCCCCCACACAGAUCAAGACAUUGGCACAUACCAGUGCCUGGCCACCAAUGAUCUGGGGACCAUUCUAAGUCGGAAGGCAAAACUACAGUUUGCAUAUAUUGAAGAUUUUGAAACCAAAACAAGAAGCACAGUAUCUGUGAGAGAAGGUCAAGGCGUGGUACUAUUCUGUGGCCCACCACCGCAUUUUGGAGAUUUAUCCUAUGCAUGGACUUUUAAUGAUAACCCCUUGUAUGUCCAAGAGGACAAGAGGAGGUUUGUAUCUCAAGAGACAGGAAACCUGUACAUUGCUAAAGUGGAGCCAUCAGAUGUGGGUAACUACACUUGCUUUGUAACAAACAAGGAGGCGCAAAGGAGUGUUCAAGGACCACCUACACCUUUAGUCCAGCGCUCUGAUGGUGUGAUGGGGGAAUAUGAACCAAAGAUUGAAGUGCGUUUUCCUGAAACUGUACAAGCUGCAAAGGAUUCAUCUGUAAAACUGGAAUGCUUUGCCCUUGGAAAUCCAGUACCUGAUAUUAGUUGGAGGAGGUUGGAUGGAAACCCGUUGCCAGGCAAAGUCAAAUACAGCAAAUCCCAAGCUAUCCUUGAAAUCCCAAACUUUCAACAAGAAGACGAAGGCUUCUAUGAGUGCAUUGCUGGAAACCUUCGGGGGAGAAACCUUGCCAAGGGCCAACUCAUUUUCUAUGCCCCUCCAGAAUGGGAACAAAAAAUCCAAAACACCUACCUCUCUAUCUACGACAGCUUGUUUUGGGAAUGCAAAGCUAGUGGCAAGCCCAAUCCUUGGUACACAUGGCUAAAGAAUGGCGAACGGCUUAACCCAGAAGAGAGAAUUCAAAUUGAAAAUGGAACUCUUAUCAUCUCUAUGCUCAAUGUCUCAGAUUCUGGUGUUUACCAAUGUGCUGCAGAAAACAAGUAUCAGAUAAUUUAUGCAAAUGCAGAAUUGAGAGUCUUAGCCUCUGCUCCUGAUUUCUCCAAAAAUCCCAUUAAAAAAAUUUCAGCGGUUCAAGUUGGUGGGGAUAUCACCAUUGAAUGCAAGCCAAGCGCUUUCCCCAGAGCAGCUAUUUCUUGGAAAAGAGGACCAGAGAACCUGAGACAAAGCAAAAGAGUGCUCCUCUUAGAAAAUGGCAGCCUCAAGAUAUGUAAUGUGACCAGAUCAGAUGCUGGCUCUUACACUUGUGUAGCCACGAAUCAAUUUGGAAUUGCAAGGAACACGGGCAGUCUCGUCGUGAAAGAGAGGACCAUCAUCACAGUGCCCCCCUCUAAAAUGGAUGUCACAGUUGGGGAGAGCAUCGUCCUGACCUGUCAAGUGUCACAUGACCCCUCCAUUGAGGUCCUGUUUGGAUGGUCCUUCAAUGGAGAUGUCAUCGACUUAAAGAAAGGAGUGGCUCAUUUUGAAAGGAUUGGAGGCGAAUCUGUUGGGGAUUUAAUGAUAAGGAAUAUCCAGUUAAGUCAUUCAGGGAAAUAUCUGUGCACAGUACAAACAACCCUAGAAAGAUUAUCUGUUGCAGCUGAUAUAAUUGUUAGAGGCCCUCCAGGUCCCCCUGAAGAUGUGCAAGUGGAACACAUUUCUAGUACUACGUCCCACCUAAGCUGGAAACCAGGACCGGAUAACAACAGUCCCAUUCAAAUAUUUACUAUUCAAACACGGACACCUUUUUCUCUGGGUUGGCAAGCUGUUGCAACAGUCCCUGAAAUUCUCAAUGGUCAGACAUACAAUGCAACAGUAGUUGGUUUGAGUCCUUGGGUGGAAUAUGAAUUUCGUGUUGUUGCUGGGAACAGCAUUGGGAUUGGAGAACCCAGUAAACCAUCGGAAUUGUUAAGAACAAAAGCAUCAGUCCCUAUGGUGGCUCCAGUGAACGUCAAUGGAGGCGGAGGAAGUCGAUCUGAACUUGUCAUUACGUGGGAGUCCAUUCCAGAAGAACUACAGAAUGGCGAGGGGUUCGGAUAUCUCAUCAUGUUCCGGCCAGUGGGCUCAACAACCUGGACCAAAGAAAGGGUGGCACUUGUGGAAUCUUCAAGGUUUGUUUACAGAAAUGAAAGCAUCAUGCCCCUGUCUCCCUUUGAAGUCAAAGUGGGUGUAUAUAAUAAUGAAGGAGAAGGACCCCUGAGUACAGUGUCCAUUGUCUACUCAGGGGAAGACGAACCUCAACUAGCUCCAAGAAGAACUUCGGUCCAGAGUGUUUCUGCUUCUGAAAUGGAAGUUUCUUGGAAUGCUAUUGCCUGGAAUAGAAACACUGGAAGAGUGCUGGGCUAUGAGAUCUUAUACUGGACAGAUGAUUCCAAGGAAUCGAUGAUUGGUAGGAUUAGAGUCAGUGGAAAUGUCACAACCAAGAAUAUCACAGGGCUGAAAGCUAACACGGUCUACUUUGCUUCUGUGCGAGCUUAUAACACUGCUGGGACAGGGCCCUCAAGCCCCCCAGUCAACGCCACCACCAAAAAGUCGCCUCCAAGCCAACCUCCAGCAAACAUUGCCUGGAAGCUGUCAAAUUCGAAGUUAUGCUUGAACUGGGAGCAUGUGAAAAACAUGGAGAAUGAGUCUGAAGUAUUGGGUUACAAGAUUCUGUAUCGACAAAACAGACAAAGUAAAACUCACAUUUUGGAAACCAACAACACCUCAGCUGAGCUCCUGGUUCCCUUUGAAGAAGACUAUUUGAUUGAAAUAAGAACUGUGAGUGAUGGCGGAGAUGGAAGCAGCAGUGAAGAGAUUAGGAUUCCAAAAAUGUCAAGUUUAAGUUCCAGAGGAAUUCAAGUCUUAGGACCUGGCACUCAUUUCCUGUUGAUUGUCCUGAUUUUUUACUCUUUUGCUAUUCAGCCACUUACACGAUGAAUAAAUGCAUAAAUCUUUGGGAGUUUUCUGAACGUAAAUCAUUCUGCCCAUGUGGUCUCCAGCCUCUUGCAUAAGACAUAUUCUUAAUACUGACUCCUUUGGAAAUUUAAAAAAUGUAUAUUAUAAAGAUCUUGUAAAUAUCUAUGACACAUUAAUAAAAAAAAACUUUAAACACUU